CUCAUCAGCACCAGAAUAAACAGUCACACCUGAACACCUAUCCCUAAUCUUCUAUCAGCACCACCAGUCCACCACAAACAGGCAUUCAGGCCACAGUUCAAUCACUCACUCAUCACUAGGCUGCAAUGGCUGCAACUCGUCCAAAGGCACUCGUGCUUGCAGUAGUGGUACUGCUCGUGAGCUCCGCCCAGCUAUCCAUGGGGGCAAGGAGGCGCAUGGAGCUGUAUCAACCCAAUCCGGCGGACAUGCUCUCCUACCACAACGGAGCCGUGCUCCACGCCGACAUCUUCGUUUCCGUGCUCUGGUACGGCAGUUUCACGCAGGUGCAGAAGACGAUCAUCUACGACUUCCUGCUCUCCCUCACCAUGAUGCCCCAGGCCGCCUCGCCGUCCGUGUCGCAAUGGUGGAACAUCAUUGACCAGCAGUACCUGUCCAAGGCGGCGCAAGCCUCGCCGGCCAAUGCCGGCGGAGCCACGACGAAAACCCGGGUGAUGCUCGACAACCAGGUGUCCGACGACGGCUGCUCCAUGGGCACGUCCCUCACCCUGGCGCAAAUCUCCGCUCUCGCCGCGAGGGCCAAGCCCAAGAAGGGCGGCGUCGCGCUGGUCUUCACCGCGCAGGACGUCACCGUGGAGGGCUUCUGCAUGAGCCAGUGCGGCCUGCACGGCUCGGACGCCGAGUCCGGCACCACGUACGUAUGGGUCGGCAACUCGGCCACGCAGUGCCCCGGCCAGUGCGCGUGGCCGUUCCACCAGCCGCUGUACGGACCGCAGAGCCCGCCCCUCGUUCCGCCCAACGGCGACGCUGCCGUGGACGGCAUGAUCAUCAACCUGGCGAGCCAGUUCGCCGGCGUGGUGACGAACCCGUUCCGUGACGCGUACUACCAGGGCUCCAGCGACGCGCCCCUGGAGGCCGCCACGGCGUGCCUGGGGCAAUUCGGCAGCGGCUCGUACCCGGGAUACGCCGGCGACCUGAAGAUUGACCAAGCGAGCGGUGCCAGCUACAACGCCAAUGGCGCGCAAGGGAGAAAAUACCUCCUCCCCGCGCUCUACAACCCUUCCACGUCUGCCUGCAGCACGCUGGUCUAGGGGAAACACCAAUGCAGAGUAUUGUCGUCUUAGCUUGUUUGUUCAGAAGGCUUAUGGGUGUAUAUACACAAGUUCAGAUCAGAUGUAAUUCUUUCAUUCUAAAGAUUGAAAUGUUCUUCAUAAUAAUAUUGAUUGGGGCAUGGCAACUAAAGUUGGUCCAAUUCAAUCAACAGCCACUUUUUUUUCUUUGAGUUUUACCCAUAGCAACUAGCCAACUAGCAAGAUGUCCGCGAAAAUAGCAUGGUUAGCUAGUUUUUAGCAUUGUAACAUCUAGA